CUCCCCAGGAAAUUCAAAGAUCCACUGUGGGAAACGGUGGGAAGGAAAGUCUGUGAGAGCUCAGUUCUGCUGUGUCUGAAGAAGAGGUUCCAUCGCAAUCUUAUUUAUACUUACAUUGGGCAAAUUUUGGUUUCUGUGAAUCCUUUCAAAGACCUCAGUAUCUACUCUGAAGAUGUGGCUACCCAGUACCACCAAGGGACUCUCUCAAAAAAUGCCCCACACAUCUUUGCCAUAGCAGAAAUGGCCUACAUGCUAUCCCAGUCAUCAGAGCAAGAACAGUGUGUCAUCAUCAGUGGACACAGUGGAUCAGGUAAAACAGAAGCUGCCAAAGCAAUUGUGCAAUACCUGACCAUGCUGUACCAGCGAUCAGACAGCCACAGGGUCAGACAGCCCUGCAAUGUCCUACCCAUCCUGGAGAGUUUUGGGAAUGCCAGAACCAUUCUCAAUGACAACUCAAGCCGUUUUGGAAAGCUUCUGAAUGUCCAUCUGCGAUGUGGCAUCGUGGUGGGAACAUCCAUCUCCCAGUACCUCCUGGAGAAGUCUCGUGUGGUAUUUCAGGCCCAUGGUGAGAGGAACUACCAUGUGUUUUACGAGCUACUGGCUGGGCUGCUGGUGGAGCAGAAAGAGAAGUUGUACUUGCAAGAGGCAGAGUCUUACUUUUACCUGAAUCAGGGUAGAGCCUGUGACAUCCUGGGGAAGGAGGACAGUCAGGACUUUCUGGUCUUGGUGCAAGCUCUGGAGAGAAUCAGCCUCUCGGAAGAUCAGCUGACCUCCACCUGGGCUGUCCUGGCUGCCAUUCUGCAACUAGGGAAUAUCUGCUUUACCUCCUAUGAGGAAGAAUCCUAUGAACAUGCAGCCAUUGCCAGUGACGCUGAGAUUCAGAUUGUGGCCAAUUUGUUGCGUGUGUCAGCAGAUUUUCUGCAAAGUGCUGUCACUCACCGUGUCACUGUGACAUCUUAUGAUCGGAUCAUCACCCCUCUGUCUGUAGAAGGAGCCAUCGAGGCCAGGGACUCCAUUGCCAAGACUCUGUAUUACCUGCUCUUUGACUGGCUGCUGCUGAGAAUCAAUGAGUGGUUGGCUCCCUGGGAAUCAGACUGUGCUGUGGGCAUUGUGGACAUACAUGGUUUUGAGGAUCUAGGUGUGAACAGCUUAGAGCAACUCUGCAUCAACUUUGCCAAUGAGCAUCUCCAGCAUUUUUUCAGCCAGACUGUCAUUGCCCAAGAAGAGGAGGAAUAUAGCCAAGAGCAGUUAGCUUGGAUUCCUAUUUCCAAGAUGUACAGCGAGUCAUGCCUAGAUUUCAUUGCUGCAAAACCCCAUGGCAUCUUGUGUAUCCUGGAUGACCAGACUUCACUGACUCAGGCCACUGACCACACCUUCCUCCAGAAGUGUCAUUACCAUCAUGGAAACAGCCCUUGGUACACCAAGCCCAAGUUGCCUUUGCCAGUUUUCACUGUGAAGCACUAUGCAGGCCCUGUCACCUAUCAGGUCCACAAGUUUCUUAGUAAAAACCGUGACCAGCUGUGUCCAGAGGUGCUGGAUAUCUUCUCUCAGAGCCGCCUCAAGGUGGUGUCUCACAUUUUCCAGAAGGCUAAAGCUGCCUAUAGUCAGCAAAGGGAGCUGGGGGCCAGAGGCAAAGGGCUCAAGCCUCAGGCCUCCACACUGGUGUCCAAAUUCCAGCAGUCUUUGCAGGACCUCACAGCCAAGCUGAGAAGGAGCCAUGCCUUCUUCAUUCGGUGCAUCACCCCUAAUCCCAAAAAGCUGUCAAAUAUCUUUGAUGUGGAGUAUGUCACUUGUCAGCUGCGACAUUCUGGGAUACUGGAGGCUAUCCACAUUAGAAAGGAGGGAUACCCAGUCCGUCUUCCAUUCCAGAACUUCCUAGGCAGGUAUGGUCUUCUGGCUGGGCAAAGGCACAACUGCUUAGAGGAGAGAGAAGUCUGCACUGCAGUGCUGUCUCAUGUGGUGGGGAGCCCCUCAGAUCUCUACCAGAUUGGAGUAACAAAGGUCUUUCUGAAGGAGAAGGCUAGGCAGCUUCUGGAGAGACGACGGAACCAGAGGCAGAGCUGGGCUGUUGUUACUCUGCAAAGGAACUUCCGAUGCCUCCUUCGCCGCAGACGCCUCCGUGUCCUCCAGGAGAAAGUCAUAAUCAUUCAGGCUCACUUCCGAGGUUACCAGGCAAGGUCAGGAGUCAAAGGCCAGGCAAGGAAGCGUUACAGAAGGCUGAAGAAGACUUUGAUGCAAUUUAAUACCAUGAUUUUAAUCUCCAGACCUUUGAUUCAAAGGAGGAAGCACUGCCAGCAGGAGUUAGAGGAAGGGAAACGAAGAAGGAGGUCCCUGAACAGUGGUGACACAGAGAACAGUCCCAACCAAGGAAUGGAUGUGGGACUGCUGGAGAUCCCUGCAGAGCUUGCUGCCCUCCUGCAGUUAGCUGAAGGUCAGUACCGAGAACAGGCCAACCAGAUAACUGAGGCAUUGCCUCCAGAAGUCAAGGUCAAAGACGACCUUUCCCUCCCACCCAACAUCAACAGCUAUCCUUUCUCCUCCUUCAUUAAGUCACAAUUCCAGAAGACGUAUUUCCCUGCCCCUGGUCAGCCUCUGCAGCACCCCUUAACCCAUCUGGAUGCUGAAUACCAGGACAGUGCACUUGAGAUCAACAAACUGAUUUUGCGGUUCAUUGGUGACAAGAAUCUCCAUGGCUGGCAGGAGGUACUUCUGGGCAACUACAUUGCUGGGAGAGGUUUGAAUAAUGUGGCUCUGCGCAACGAAAUCUUCAGUCAGGUGGUUGCCCAGGCAUGGAAAAACCCAGACAUGGAGCACAGCCAGCGAGCUUGGGUCCUGAUGGCAACUUUGCUGAGCUGCUUUGCCCCUUCACCAGCACUGGAGAAGCCGUUGCUGAAAUUUGUGUCAGAUCAUGGCAUGGAGGGCUACAAUGCUGUUUGCCAGCGCAAGAUCUUGACAGCAGCACAGCACACUGAGAUAGACUCUACGUUCUCUCGGGCCUACCCUCCCACUCAGCUGGAGUGGACUGCAAACCAGAGGAGAGGAAAGAUGGUGCUGGAUGUUCAUACUUUUAAUGAGGAGAAGUUCUCAGCUGAGGUGGAGUCUUGGAUGACUGGGGAGCAGUAUGCAGGCUGGCUCCUGAGUGCAAGGGGCUGUGAUAAGAAGUCUCGAGGGUGGUCUAUCUCCAUGUUUACUGGCAACACAUGGCAGGACCUGCUGGGCUGUGACUUUGUGCUGGACCUCAUUGGAGAGAUGGAGGAGGCCAGCAACUUCAGCAGCUCCUCUCAGUCCUCAGCUGAGUACCCCAUCACUCCUGAAAGGGACAGAAGCUUCCUCCAGAGCUCUGACCUGGAUUUGAUCCCUCCUGCUCCAGGCAUCCAGGCCCCUACCUUUCCACCACCUAAUUUGCCUCCAGAAUUCAACAAUCGCCAUCCAGAUCCAAGCUUCAGAGAUGACCUGAGGACCCCUGUAGGCUUGGAUAACUAUGUGGAUGAUCUCUUCAGCACUGUGCUGCAUCAAGGCUCCAGAGUAUCAGAUAUGGAGAACAGGGACAUUCUGACUGGACGCAUGAAAGGAGGUGGGAAGAUUGGACCCACGCAGAGAGGAAUCUUUCCUUCUACGGAGUUUCCCAUCAUCUCUAGCUGUUCCUUGGGCUUCUCUGGAAUGACUCAAGCACCAGCUUACCAGCCCAUGCCUUCGAUGAUUGGGAUGCCAGCAGCCAUGCCUAUGAUGCCAGUGGCUGGUGGGAUUGCACCUAUGCCAACCAUGGCUAUGUCCCAGCCUGUGGUUCCAGCUGUAGAUCCCAAUCAGUUAGCAGCACAACAGCAAGCCUUUAUCAACCAGCAAGCCAUGCUCAUGGCCCAGCAGGUGACCCUUCAAGCCAUGAGCAUUUCCCAGCAGCAGCAACAGCAGCAGCAACAGCAGCGGUGGCAACAGCUUCUUGAGAACUCAAGGCCAACAGUCUCAAGUCAACCACAAGCCCCAGCUCAGGCUCCAGCCUCAGUCCCAGUCCCAGCCACUUCCCCAAAACCCAAGAAGCCUCCCAGAAGCCAGAAUGCUGCACCACCACCAAAGGCUCCAGAACCACCAGCUAAGGCAGACGAACCGGCUCAUGACUACAUGGAAGACCAGUUCUCCAACAGUGAAGAUGAUGACUAUCCUCGGGAAACCUUCCAGCAGAAGAGAGAAUAUUUUCAGAAGAUAGGAGAGCAACAGAUCCGAGUGAAGAAAGUGAGGCCUCCUUCCAAAACUUGGACCCCUCCAGCAAAUCCCCAGCCAAAGCAGGAGGAAAAGGAAGAGGAGCAGGAGAAGAAGAAAGAAGAGAAGCCUAGCCCUAAAACAGAGGCAGCUCCUGCUUCACCUUUGCCACCUCCUGAGCCAAAGCCAAAAAAGCAGACACCAAAAGCGAAGAAGGAGCCACCUGUAGUGAAGCCUUCAGGCCCCGAGUCGCGGCCUGCACCUAGCCGGGAGAUCCGCAACAUCAUCAAAAUGUACCAGAGCAGGCCAGCCCCUGAGCCCCAGCCUAUCGAGCCUGUCAGAAGAGUGUCCAAGCCAUUUAUGAAGAAGAACGACCCCAAAAAUGAGGCUCUGGCCAAGCUCGGAAUGAUGAACCUCCCAUCUCCCAAAUCACCAUCCCCCCUGCCACAAGAGAAGAGAGCACCUCCACCUCCCAAGCCGAAGCCAGGCUCAGCUUCCAGUUCUAUCAAGGAGAAGCAAUUGCCUCUCCUGUCAAUCUUCAGCCAGGAGAGUACCCCACCAGGUUCCCAGACCCCUCCUGCUCCCCCUCCUCCCCCACCAUUGUCUUCGUCUCUCCUGCCUGGGACCCAAGACUGGCAGGAAUCCACAGGGAAGGACUCUGCUGUAACACUAGCAGAAGAUGAUGGUAUCAAGACCCAGCUGUACAAGCUCACUACCAGUGUCAGCUUUUCCUAUGUCAACCCUGCCUGGAAAAUCUUUCUGCGCAAAGAGGUGUUUUACCCCAAAGAAAAUUUCAGUCACCCUUAUUGUCUGAACUUGCUGUGUGAACAGAUCAUGCGUGACACUUUCUCUGAUUCCUGCUUUCGGAUCUCCAAGGAGGAGAAGCGCAAGAUGAAAGACCUGCUGAUGGAGUUCCGGGUUGGCAAUGACAUCCAGUCCAUUCAGGAGGAUGGGAUAAAGAAGAGGAUUGUACUGGCUGCUCGGGAUAACUGGGCUAACUAUUUCUCCCGCCUUUUCCCAGUUCAUGGCGAAAAUGGAAGUGAUGUCCAGAUCCUGGGUGUUUCUCACCGGGGCAUGCGGCUGCUGAAGGUGGUGAAAGCAGCUGGCUAUAAUCCUGAGCACCUGAAGAUUCUUUGCAGCUACAGCUUUGCAGAUGUGCUGUCAGUGGAACUGAAGGGCAGCAGUGCCCUGGAGUUCUCUCUGAAGACAGAGCAGCUCUUCCUGCACUCUCCAAAGGCUCCGUGCAUCAAGGCCAUGGUGGAACUCUUCAUCCAGGAGCUGAGGCAGGAUACCAACUACGUCGUUGCUCUGCGCAGCUACAUUGCAGAUGACAAGAGCCUUCUUAGCUUCAAGAAGGGUGACCUCAUUGAGUUACUGCCCAUGCAAGGGGUGGAGCCAGGCUGGCAGUUUGGCUCCACUGGUGGCCGCUGUGGUAUUUUCCCCACCAGCCUGGUGCAAUUGGCUGCAGCCCCUGAUUACCUCAGUACCAGCAUGGACAGAUGUGGAGGGCUGCGGAAGGGCAUGAAAGCUUCCCCAGAGAGCAGGAACACCAGCAGGGAGAGUUCUGUUCCCAGCCUGGCAUCAGAACGUAACAGCAUCAUGUUAGUCCCUGCUGGUGAUCAUUAUACCAUGAUGGACUUCGCUGCAGCCUACUUCCGAGAGGCUCAGUCUGUGCAGGGACUGAAGGGGAUGUCUGCUGAAAAGAAGAGUGCAGCUGACCUGGUCCAGCACACCAAGGUCCCAAUCCAGCAGUCUUUGCUCCGGUACUCUGAUAGUGAGCUGAAUGAGCUUGCUACAAAGAACUUCAAGACUCUGAUGCAGUUCAUGGGAGAUCAAUCAAAACUUAAGGACCAGAAUGAGGUUGAAUGCAUCUAUGAAAUCCUUCAGCUGUGCAAGGAGAAGGAGAGUUUGCAUGAUGAGGUCUACUGCCAGGUCAUCAAACAGGUCACCCACAACCCUAACCAGGAGAGCGUGCUGCGUGGUUGGUUGCUCCUAAACCUGCUAACUGGGUAUUUCCUCCCUUCUAACAUCCUGAUGCCCUAUGCCACCAAGUUUCUGCAGCUAGCCAGCAGUGACCCAUCUAGCACCCACCAUGAUAUAGCCAAGAUCUGUCAGAGCAACUUGCGGAAAAAUUUCAUGUACGGGGGCCGCCGCCACCUUCCUUUCCCUGUGGAGAUAGAGGCAUUGCUGAAGGGUCAUGCUGCCCGCCGGCUAGUGAUACUGAUGCCUGGAGGUGUGGAAUACCUCACCAGAAUAAAGACAUUCACUGUGGCCAAGGAGCUCUUGCAGGAGAUCUGUGAGCAGAUGGGGGCAGGCGAACAGGAAGAGACACAGGAAUUUGUUCUUUUUGCCAUCAGGAGUGACAGCGAUAAUCUCGAUAAAAUGGUGAGGCCGUUAAGAUCGGAGGAGUAUCUUCAUGAUUACCUGCUGGAGGACAAGUUGGUCACUGUGACUUUACGCAGGCUCAUCUGGAGGACACCUCUGCACUUUGAGAACAAAAUUUAUACUGAUGUCCAUUAUGGACAGAUCCUGUGGGAUUACCUGAAUGGGAGGAUACUGUUGAGCCAUAGUAAAGAAAUGGAGAUGCAGGUGGGCAUUUUGGCAGUGCUCCAGCACUGGGCCAAAGCAGAGCAGCAGAACUCUGCUUUCUCCAGGGAAGAGCUGAAGGAGUACACGCCACAGACCCUGCAGUCCUCCAUCAGACCCCAGGCUCUGCAGAAUCAUGUUGGCAUGCUGCUGAGAACCAGGCAGCCCCUCCAGCCAGUGGAUGCAAAAAUUGAGUUCAUAGAGCAUGUGAUGAAACUGCCUUUCUUUGGCUACAACACCUACUUUGUAGAGAGAGUCAGUGAUGACACAAUCCCCGUGCCCUGUUUCUUUGGUGUGAAUAAAGAGGAGAUCAUUGCGGUGGAUGGCACCACCCAGGCGGUCUCCUGCGUCAUUCCAUUGAAAGAGCUGCAGAAGAUGCGAACGCUGCGGCCUGUCUCUGAUGGUGGGCUUCCCGGCAUAGAACUGAACUAUGGCUCAGCUGCCAACCCCAAGACUAUGUGGAUUGAACUGUCACAGGCUAAAGAAAUGUAUCACACGAUUGUUAUCAUCCUGGAUAAAACAGAGUUGCACCAAUAGAGACCAAGAGGAAGAGAAUGACCAACCAAAACAGCACUGUUUUCCUUUCUUCAAGCUUGUUCAGUGCUUCCUGCCCUGUCUUCUGGAGAGGACUUUUCCAAAAGACAUCCAUGACCUCAGACAGCUACUUUCUCAGACUGCCGCCACAGUGUUUGUUGAUGGACUGGACCAUAAUCUCAUCCCUUGUGACCUGCCAUUCAGUCCCCAAGUACUCUUCCUUGAAGUGAUGUAUGCAGUGGCUAAACAAAGCACAAGACACCAUUGCUUUUUCAUAGCCUGUUCCAACACAGAGCAGCUGAACAGAUGCAAGCAAUUGCCUUCAAGCUAUGUAGUGUGGGACUCCUUUAAUUAAUUAACAUGA